AUGGCCACACUGACUACAGGCGGCCAAGGACCAGCUACUCCUGGUGAGCCUCGAGGGAGCCUUGCCAUGAAAAAAAGCAAGCAUGAUGCUCCACAGAACGACUCAGCCAAAUUCCAACGGCAAUUCCAGUUCAUCGAGGGAUUGAAUAGUAAAGCUCAACGGAGAAAGACAAGAUCAUGGGUCACUACGCAACACUACCGGCGAAAGCGAUUUGAGGCAAGGAACGCUUGGUUGGCCACUGACCAGGAGAACGAGGGCGAAUUCUCGAAACCUCUCAUUGCGUUUCCCAGCACUUCCAAGCCCGAGAACGAAGGGAGAAGGCACGCCGCAGACAGAGACGCCAUCUCACCCGAUCAUGCUGUACAGCGGGAUGCAGGGAGAGGGCAGUCCUGCUUUCUACAACGGUUAGGAGGCGGGCGAGCAGAUCCUUUUAAUUCCUAUCCUGUCCCAGCAACCCGCGAUGUGCAUGAGCUUGUGGAUCACUACUACUUUGUGAUCCCCUCCCUUGUACACAGACAUUGGGCUAGGGCGGUUCGCAGGCCACGAGCCUGUUGGGACUUGUUCAACCUCUACCGCAACCACGAGAUCCCAUUUCUAGGCAUGCUCCACCACGCAGCGCAUCACUUAGCGGGAAUGAGAGGAAAUGUCAUGUCUCUGCAGACCUUCGAGUUCAAGCAACGUGCACUUGCGGCCGUGAAUCAGAGUCUUCAGAGGCGCCAGGGGCCUUGUGACGAUUGGACGCUUAUUGGUGUCGGCCUCCUUGCUAAUGCAGAGCGUAUCUGGGGGGAUCGCGAGAUCGCCAGAAUGCAUUGGGGAGCCUUAAAGCGACUCCUCCUAGAUCGUGGAGGAUUCCAAGCGCUGCAGAGCAAUCCGACACUGCACACGAAGCUGGUCUGGAGCUUCAUAGCAUUGUCAUGGCCGACAGCAGAUGGCAACCCAGCUUAUGUGGACGACUUCGUCGAAUCCUCGGCGGUUUUGCCUCAUUCUCCAAGCACAAACCCAGACUCGACUUUUAGAAACAGUUGCAUAGAGUUCACCCAGUUCAUCAACGCACGACGAAGCCAGAUCUUGAAGAACCUCCCUUCGACACCCGCACAGCAUCGGCAAUUGACGGCCCAUCGGUCUCGUGCAACGAUGUUCCAUGAAGGAUCAGAACUUGCGAAUGCUCUGAAGUCCAUUGAGACAGGCUAUGAAAGCCCAGACAAACGACGAGCGGUGGAUAACUGCCGUCUUGCUUGUCUGAUACAUCUCAACCUGGUCAUGGCGGAGCACGGAGACCUCUCCCAAGCCACCGAGGAAUAUCUUCAGGCUCUGCAACGAAUCUUAGAUGAAGCCGACGAUGACAGCAGUCUAAGUGCUGAGCAUCUGUUGUGGACGCUACUUACCCCUUUCCGUUCUCAAGGACACUAUGAGCGGAUAUGGAAGAUGUCCAGGCUGGUAGGUGUGGUGAAGAGGACGAGCGCGCAAACUUGGAUGGCGAUUGAGAACGCGCUUCGUGUAUUCCUACGUUUGCCGGGAUCGAUCUACGAUUUUGAGUCUGCCCUGUCGGUAUGGGACCGUGGAGAGUGCUUGGACCAGCUCAUUGCCGUGGGAAAUGUCGACGCUCGUGUUCUGGACUCCCAGAUGGAUGAGAACCUGCUUGGACAGCACGAUACCGCAUGCUCUGACGGUUGUCGAAUAUGUCCUCUCAAGCCGACAACAUUCUAA